AUGGGCACUUCUGAUGCUGUGAGGGCUCCGGAGGCAGCUCAAAUAGUGUAUGUUUAUUCCGGUUGCAUUCUUUUUCCUCAUUGUCAUGAAGUUGAGAUGAUGACCCUACACAUUUGUUUGUUUGCAUCUUCUUUUUAUCCAUUUAAGAUUCGGAAGUUCUUUUGUUUUCUUAACGCUUUAUUAUAUUUUUCUCGUAUAAUUUGCAGAAAAGUUCUAGAUAGGCCAAGGGACCCAGCAAAGUGGAAUGAGAUUGCCGAUGUUGUAUCCGCAUUAUCUAUUCCAGUUAUUGCAAAUGGUGAUGUUUUCGAAUAUGAUGAUUUUGAACGCGUUAAAGUUGCAAGAGGUGCUUCAUCGGUUAUGGCUGCUAGAGGUGCUCUCUGGAAUGCUUCAAUUUUCUCUCCUGAAGGUAAAGCAGAUUGGGAAGAUGUGAAAAGAGAGUAUGUUAGGAAGAGCGUAUUAUGGGAUAAUGAUGUUAAAAGCACGAAGCACACGCUAAAGGAGAUGGUAGUGCAUUACUCCUGCCUUGAACACCCAGAAGGAAAAGCUGUGAUCAAGUCGCAAAGUUUGGCCGAUCUAGCGAAAGUUUACGGAGUGGAAGAGUAUUACCAGUUGGUUAGCGGUAACAGGUUCUCACUCGAUGGACAGACUGCGUGA